GGUUACCCCCGCCGUGAGCGCGCACAAUGGGUAAGUUGUUAUUAAAGGGGCGGACACGGAGGCGCGGUCAUGUCACCAUCAGCCACAGCGGGUUUGACUGUCACAUAAAAACCUCGCACCGCUCCUUCCACCGGCGGAAGUCUCGUGAACCUGAGCCAGCGCGGAGCGACGGACCCGAGGAGACACGGCGCGGAACCGGACCAAGGCAGACGGUCCACACAGCUUGGAGCAUGGCGUCGCCACACCUCUCCUCUGACAAGCGCUUUCUCAUCGUCUUUGACUUUGACGAAACCAUCGUCGAUGAGACCAGCGAUGACCUCGUGGUGCAGACGGUCCCGGGACAGUACCUCCCGGACUGGCUCAAGGACACGUAUCAACCGGGCCGUUAUAAUGAGUACAUGCAGCGUGUGCUCGCGUACCUGGCAGAGCAGGGCGUCACCGAGAGCGACAUGCGCGCGGUAAUGGAGAAGAUUCCCGCCACACCGGGCAUGCUCGCGCUUUUCCAGUUCCUGCGCACGCGGCCGCAGACCGAUUUUGAGGUGGUGCUUUUGUCUGACGCAAACUCGUUCUUCAUCGAGUCGUGGCUGCGGCGCACGGGUGCACGCGGGCUCUUCCACCGCAUCUUCACCAACCCCGCCACGUUCAACAAGGAUGGCCGCCUCGUGCUGCGGCCCUUCCACUCCCACGACUGCCCGCGCUGCCCCGUGAACAUGUGCAAACAGACAGUGCUGCGCGAUUAUGUGACCCGCAGGACGCAGGAGCGCGGCCGACCGUUCCAGAGGUUGUUCUACGUCGGAGAUGGAGCAAACGACUUCUGUCCCGCGCUGUGCCUGGGACCACGUGACAUCGCCUUCCCCCGCAGAGACUUUCCCAUGCACCGCCUCAUCACCGAAACGCACGAGGCCACGCCCGGAGAGUUCAAAGCCGUGACCGUGCCGUGGGCGAGCGCUGAAGAGGUGAUACAGCGCCUGCGCAAACACGUGGCAGAAUGAAAUCUAUAACCACAGGACUUUAGUCUCAGGUAAACAAAGGUCAGGUCAGUGCGGGGCCAAGUCCGAACGUGCCUCCGCCACGUGCUCACGUUUAAGGCUGGCCUGGUCACUGUCAGCGGGUUAAUCAUUAUGUUCCUCUUUGUUUAGUCUGAUAAAAGACAUAGGCUCUACACAGAGUCUGGUGGAGGCUGGGCCCUAUAGGCCCAUAAGCAUCACAGCGUUUUAUACAGGCUUCUAUAUAUUUAAAUAAAACAAGUGUCUUUGUACUUAAGGAUAUGAUUCUACACCAAAGAUGUCAUUUUUAAUGUUUGUAAUGUUAUUUUCUGUAUUUUAUUUUAUGUAUAUUACUUACCUGUCUGUCUGUGCUGUGCUGAAAUGUUUAUAAAAAACCAGCAGGAAUAAAGCCAUAACUG